UGGCUUCGAAAAGAAAGAAUUUAACAAUAUCGUAAAAUAAUGAAUUGGUUGAAAAGUUUAAACUUUGCCAAAGAAAAUUCUAUACCGCGAACAACUUUAAACAACAUUUUAGCAGCCAAACGUAGCUCUCCAGAUGUUUCAAUUAGCGACAGAGAAAGAAAACGUCAGCGUGUGUCACCUUAUGAGAAUGUGAAGAAGGCUCUUCUGUCAUGGAUCAAAUAUGCACAGUCACAAAAUGCUCCUAUAUCCUGGAAUAUUCUAAAAGAAAAAGCUUUAGAAAUAGCUAAAGAACUUGGAGAAUCAAAUUUUGUUGCAAGCAAUGGCUGGACACAGCGAUUCAAUGCAAGAAAUAACCUAUAUUUUAAGAAAUUGUGUGGAGAAGCUGCUGAUUUUGACAACAGUUCUUUAAAAGAAUGGAAAGACAUAGUGUUGCGAGAUAUUCAUGAAAGAUAUGAACCUGCUAACGUGUUCAACGUCGAUGAAUGUGGACUUUUCUAUAGGAUCUUACCCGACAAAACCCUUUGCUUCAAAGGAGAAAAAUGUAUAGGCGGAAAAAAAAGUAAGGAACGCUUAACAGUUUUGUUAUCUGCAAACAUGGAUGGUUCGGAGAAAAUGAUUCCUUUGGUGAUUGGAAAAUUUCUGAAACCGAGAUGCACGAAAAAUUGUAAAUCUUUGCCUGUUUUGUACGAUGCCAAUUCAAAGGCAUGGAUGACCCAAACGCUCUGGGAAAAAACUCUCAGAAGGUGGGACCUACAUUUUUCAAAGAAAAACAGAAAAGUUGCAUUGAUUGCUGAUAACUACUGUUCACUGUUCUGUUGUGGGCUUGAAAUCGAUUGA